AGGGAGUUGGUGGUGGGGCUGGGGUGGUCGGCUGUUCGUCGUCGCUAUAAAAGCCUCGGCUCUCUGGCUCCGAACCUCAGGUCUCCACCUCCGCUCGUCUUUGUUGCAAGCCCGACGCGCCUGUCCCAGCAGCUGCUUCUUUUCCGCCCCGUCUGCAACAACAACCGCUACUACCGCCACCCGUACUUCGCACCCGGCAAAAAUCUACCUUCGAGCAGCAGCCAUGUCCGCCAGCAUCAAAGUGUCGACCACCAAGAGGACGUCCACCCGCAGCAGCGCGGGGGGCCCCCGCGUCGUCAGCGGCGGCUUCAGCAGCCGCUCGUUCGGCGGCGGCAUGGGGGGCAGCCGCUUCGGCUCGGGGGGCAGCUCCGCGUUCAGCCGCCGCAGCACGGGGCUCAGCGGCUCGUCGUACCGGGCCGGCUCGGCCGCCUCCAGCUUCGGCUACGGCAGCUACGGCAGCGGCGGCUACGGGGGUGGAGUGGGGGCGGCGAUGUCGGCCGCGGCGAUGGCCUGCGCGGCCCCCGUGGACAUCGACCGCUCAGUGCUGCCCACCCGCACCCAGGAGAAGGAGGCCAUCAAGCACCUCAACGACCGCUUCGCCAACUUCAUCGACAAGGUGCGCUUCCUGGAGCAGCAGAACAAGGUGCUGGAGGCGCAGUGGUACGCGCUGCAGGAGAAGACCACGACCGGCUCCAGCAUCGACGAGAUGUUCGAGGCCUACAUCAACGGGCUGCGGCGGCAGCUCGACGGUCUGGGCCACGACAAGGGCCAGCUGAACGGAAACCUGGGCCAGAUGCAGGCCGUCGUGGAGGACUUCAGGGCCAAAUACGAGGCAGAGAUCAACAACCGCAACGCGGCCGAGGGCGAGUUCGUGGUCGUCAAGAAGGAUGUUGACGGGGCGUACCUCUCCAAGGUGGAGCUUGAGACUCGCCUACAAGGCCUCGUGGACGAAAUCAACUUCCUGAGGAGUAUCUUCACCCAGGAGCUCAGCGAGCUGGAGGCCCAGAUCAAGCACACCAACGUGCUGGUGGAGAUCGACAACAGCCGCAACCUGGACAUUGACGGCAUCAUCGCCGACGUGCGUCACCAGUACGAGACCAUCGCGGCGCGGAGCCGGGCCGAGGCGGACGCCUUCUACCAGGACAAGUUCCAGAGCCUGCACUCGGACAGCGGGAGGAACGACGAGGAGCUGCGCAUGACCAAGACCGAGAUCACUGAGCUCAACCGCCAGAUGCAGCGCUUCCGCGCCGAGAUGGAGGCCCUCAAGAAGCAGCGCGCCAAGCUGGAGUCGGCCAUCGCCGAGGCGGAGGGACGCGGAGAGGCCGACAUCCGGGAGGCGAAGGCGGCCAUCGCCCAACUGGAGGAGGAGAUCCACAAGGCCAAGCAGGAGAUGGCGCGGCACGUGCGCGAGUACCAGGAGCUCAUGAACGUCAAGCUGGCUCUGGACAUCGAGAUCGUCACCUACCGCAAGCUGCUGGAGGGAGAGGAGUCCAGGCUGAACGUGAUCACCCAGCACAUCACGCAGAGCGGGGGACAGCUCCACAGCCAGGGAGGAUCGUCCUUCGGGGGCGACAUGAUGUGCUCCCUCGGCGGAGGUGGAAGCCACAGCGGAAGCGUAAGCUACAGCGGAGGUGGAAGUUACAGCCAGAUGAGCUCCGGCGGCUCCAUCAAGAUGUCAACACACUACUAAAGCCCGCACGGUUGCCAAGAGAUCCCAGAGGCAGUCGCGAAGAAGGACCGCAUCACGUCGACUUUGCUCCCCCACACACAUCACGGGCACUCGACCAUGUUCAUGACAGUGCCGCUUACGCUUCUAUUUGCUAAGGGAACUUACACUUCGCUCCAAUGCCACGCGGGAGCUUUGUGAAACAAUGCUAGAGAGUGGAACGUCGUAGAGACUAUUCUUCAUCAGAUUCACUUGUGAUGUCAUCCCCUCCCCCCACCACCACACCUCCCCCAUCUUUCGCUGGGGGAAUUAAAAAGUGAGAUAUGACACGGGUAACUGAUCAUUAACACCGCGAGUAGUUAUCUGAACAGCGAACUUGUGUCUGUGGCCAGACAUCCCACCGUUUGACAGCUUGUUUUCUACUACCUUGCCAAUGCUAGAAAUGCUAAAUGCCAUCCAUUUCUUGUCAAAACAUUUUCUACUUUUUUUUUCAUGGCUUGCUUAACCAUGCACAAUCAUGGAUUAUUAAAAAAAAU